CUGGUUUGGCACCUGAACCACUGUUGAGAACAGCCUGGAGUACAUUUUUCAACGUGUUUCUCAUACAGGUAAAUGUUAUUUUGUUAUAUCAAGCAUUUUGAUGAAAUGUUAGAUGUGUUUACUAGCGUGUCAUCAACAUGGUUUUGUUUUGGACUCUAUUUAAAUCAAAUCCACCGGCAUUUUACUAGCUACUGUGCUAACGUUAGCUGGCUAACCAAUAGUCAUGUGCACCCAGUGGCUGUAUAACUAGCUACAGUAUGUGUGCACCAGUUCUGACUACUAUAGGUAACGUUAGCUACACGAGUCGACACGCGAUCGCUAACAUUGGUGGAUCUCGGUCGUCUGCUGCUUUGUCAAAUGUUUUUGAAAUGGCCUCAUUAACAUGAAUUAAAUUGUCCUUGUCACACCCAGAGCAUCAUUGUUGCGGGGAAAUGAGGAUGAGAGAUAACACAAUAUCAACUAAACGUAUGCAAUAACUACCCUAUGAAACUGUCCAGAGAUAAUUGUUUAUCAGUCCUAUAAGUCCUACAGAUAUACUAUCUCGCUAUAAGUCCUACAGAUAUACUAUCUCGCUAUAAGUCCUACAGAUAUACUAUCUCGCUAUAAGUCCUACAGAUAUACUAUCUUGCUAUAAGUCCUACAGAUAUACUAUAUGCUCUUCAAUCGAACGCUGCUGGCACCCGCCCACCCGACUAGAAUCACUACUCUCGACCGGUCUGACCUAGAGUAUGUGGACAACUACAAAUACCUAGGUGUCUGGUUAGACUGUAAACUCUCCUUCCAGACUCACAUAAAGAAUCUCCAAUCCAAAGUUAAAUCUAGAAUCGGCUUCCUAUUUCGCAACAAAGCCUCCUUCACUCAUGCUGCCAAACAUGCCCUCGUAAAACUGACUAUCCUACCGAUCCUUGACUUCGGCGAUGUCAUUUACAAAAUAGCCUCCAACACUCUACUCAGCAAAUUGGAUGUAGUCUAUCACAGUGCCAUCCGUUUUGUCUCCAAAGCCCCAUACACUACCCACCACUGUGACCUGUACGCUCUUGUUGGUUGGUCCUCACUACAUAUUCGUCGCCAAACCCACUGGCUCCAGGCCAUCUAUAAAUCACUGCUAGGCAAAUCCCCGCCUUAUCUUAGCUCAUUAGUCACCAUAGCAACACCCACCCGUAGUAUGCGCUCCAGCAGGUAUAUCUCACUGGUCAUCCCCAAAGCCAACACCUCCUUUGGCCGCCAUUCCUUCCAGUUCUCUGCUGCCAAUGACUGGAAAGAAUUGCAAAAAUCUCUGAAGCUGGAGACUCUUAUCUCCCUCACUAACUAUAAGCAUCAGUUGUCAGAGCACCUUACCGAUCACUGCACCUGUACACAGCCCAUCUGAAAUUAGCCCACCCAACUACCUCAUCCCCAUAUUGUUAUUUAUUUUGCUAAUUUGCACCCCAGUAUCUCUAUUUGCACAUCAUCUCUUGCACAUCUAUCAUUCCAGUGUUAAUACUAAUUGUAAUUAUUUUGCACUAUAGCCUAUUUAUUGCCUUACCUCCAUAACUUGCUACAUUUGCACACACUGUAUAUAUAUUGUCUGUUGUAUUUUUGACUUUAUGUUUUGUUUUACCCCAUAUGUAACUCUGUGUUGUUGUUUUUAUCGCACUGCUUUGCUUUAUCUUGGCCAGGUCGCAGUUGUAAAUGAGAACUUGUUCUCAACUGGCUUACCUGGUUAAAUAAAGGUGAAAUAAAAAUAAAUAAAAAAUAUACUAUCUUGCUAUAAGCUCAGCUGGUAGAGCACGGCGCUUGUAACGCCAAGGUAGUGGGUUCGAUCCCCGGGACCACCCAUAAACAAAAAAUGUAUGCAAGCAUGACUGUAAGUCGCUUUGGAUAAAAGCGUCUGCUAAAUGGCAUAUUAUAUAUAUAUAUAUAUAUAUUUUUAUAAGUCCUACAGAUAUACUAUCUUGCUAGAAGUCCUACAGAUAUACUAUCUAGCUAGCUAGUUAAUAUCCAAGAAAGACCAUGGCCCGUUUCGGUGGUCAUUGGCCCAAGGGGAAUCACCUUCCUACUGUAGUUCUACCCAGUACCAGUACCCUCAUAUUUUGACUGUAUUGUCCUCCUAUGCUCAAAACAACGUAUGUUUUCUCUCUUUCCCCUCUGCCAGGUCAGGCUGUGAGGCUGCGGUGAUGGCUGUGAAGCUGCAAGGCUUUGAGUUCUGGAAGACCACGCUGAGGGGAGCGUGUUACAUCGUUGCACCCAUGGUGGACCAGAGCGAACUGGCCUGGCGUCUACUGAGCCGUCGCCACGGCGCUGAGCUGUGCUACACGCCCAUGCUGCAUGCGCAGGUGUUCGUACGUGACGCCAACUACAGGAGAGAUAACCUGUACAGCGAAGUCUGCCCCGAAGACAGGCCGCUUAUUACACAGGUGAGAGAGAGAGACAAACACAUGUUGACAGAGGAAGGGAGUGUCACUCAGUUACAGUGGGGGAAAAAAGUAUUUAGUCAGCCACCAAUUGUGCAAGUUCUCCCACUUAAAAAGAUGAGAGAGGCCUGUAAUUCUCAUCAUAGGUACACGUCAACUAUGACAGACAAAUUGAGAAAUUUUUUCUCCAGAAAAUCACAUUGUAGGAUUUUUUAUGAAUUUAUUUGCAAAUUAUGGUGGAAAAUAAGUAUUUGGUCACCUACAAACAAGCAAGAUUUCUGGCUCUCACAGACCUGUAACUUCUUCUUUAAGAGGCUCCUCUGUCCUCCACUCGUUACCUGUAUUAAUGGCACCUGUUUGAACUUGUUAUCAGUAUAAAAGACACCUGUCCACAACCUCAAACAGUCACACUCCAAACUCCACUACUGAAUCUGCAAUAGGUAACCAGCUUGGUUUGAAGAAAUCAACUGUGGGAGCAAUUAUUAGGAAAUGGAAGACAUACAAGACCACUGAUAAUCUCCCUCGAUCUGGGGCUCCACGCAAGAUCUCACCCUGUGGGGUCAAAAUUAUCACAAGAACGGUGAGCAAAAAUCCCAGAACCACACUGGGGGAACUAGUGAAUGACCUGCAGAGAGCUGGGACCAAAGUAACAAAGCCUACCAUCAGUAACACACUACGCCGCCAGGGACUCAAAUCCUGCAGUGCCAGACGUGUCCCCCUGCUUAAGCCAGUACAUGUCCAGGCCCGUCUGAAGUUUGCUAGAGUGCAUUUGGAUGAUCCAGAAGAGGAUUGGGAGAAUGUCAUAUGGUCAGAUGAAACCAAAAUAGAACUUUUUGGUAAAAACUCAACUCGUCGUGUUUGGAGGACAAAGAAUGCUGAGUUGCAUCCAAAGAACACCAUACCUACUGUGAAGCAUGGGGGUGGAAACAUCAUGCUUUGGGGCUGUUUUUCUGCAAAGGGACCAGAACGACUGAUCCGUGUAAAGGAAAGAAUGAAUGGGGCCAUGUAUCGUGAGAUUUUGAGUGAAAACCUCCUUCCAUCAGCAAGGGCAUUAAAGAUGAAACGUGUCUGGGUCUUUCAGCAUGACAAUGAUCCUAAACACACCGCCCGGGCAACGAAGGAGUGGCUUCGUAAGAAGCAUUUCAAGGUCCUGGAGUGGCCUAGCCAGUCUCCAGAUCUCAACCCCAUAGAAAAUCUUUGGAGGGAGUUGAAAGUCCGUGUUGCCCAGCGACAGCCCCAAAACAUCACUGCUCUAGAGGAGAUCUGCAUGGAGGAAUGGGCCAAAAUACCAGCAACAGUGUGUGAAAACCUUGUGAAGACUUACAGAAAACGUUUGACCUGUGUCAUUGCCAACAAAGGGUAUAUAACAAAGUAUUGAGAAACUUUUGUUAUUGACCAUAUACUUAUUUUCCACCAUAAUUUGCAAAUAAAUUCAUAAAAAAUCCUACAAUGUGAUUUUUUGGAUUUUUUUUUCUCAUUUUGUCUGUCAUAGUUGACGUGUACCUAUGAUGAAAAUUACAGGCCUCUCUCAUCUUUUUAAGUGGGAGAACUUGCACAAUUGGUGGCUGACUAAAUACUUUUUUUCCCCACUGUAUAUGCCAGUAACUCAGAGGUGUUUGUGAUGUACUUUCUCUGCUUUCUUUGUAUGUGUGUGUCUCAGUUCUGUGCCAACGACCCAGAGGUGUUUGUCCAGGCAUGUCUACUGGUUCAGGACUACUGUGAUGCCAUUGACCUCAACCUGGGAUGCCCACAGAUGAUCGCCAAGAGAGGUACUAACUAACCUACCCUGAAGCCCCACUCAGAGAGAGUGUGAGAGAGACCCUGAUUAAAAAACAUUUGUUUUCAAUUUGGCUAAAAGUGCUGUAUGUAUGAGGUCAACUUGUUUCUAACUGGCUUAUUUCUCCGAAGGGCACUACGGAGUCUUUCUACAGGAUGAGUGGGACCUGCUGGAGAAGAUGGGUGAGUUUUCACAGAGAGGGAGAGAGAGAGAGGAGGGAGAGAGAGAGGAGGGAGAGAGGGAGAGAGUUGGAGAGGUAGAAAGAAAAGAGAGCAAGAUAAAUGGUUGUAUUAUGUUUUACCUGUCUGGAAUGUGCCUUACAUCAGAAGCACUCUGUCUUUACUCUACUACAUCAUUAGUAGAAAAAAGUGUCAAGUGUGAGUGUUCGCUUUUUGCGGGGGUUUAAAGUUUCAGAUGUUUUCGGAAGAUGGUCAGGGACUCUGCUGUCCUAGCUUCAGGGGGAAGCUUGUUCCACCAUUGGGGUGCCAGGACAGAGAAGCCCUUGGACUGGGCUGAGCGGGAGCUGCGGAGUGGGAGGGCCAAGAGACCAGAGGUGGCAGAACAGAGUACUCAGGUUGGGGUGUAGGGUUUGAGCAUAGCCUGAAGGUAGGGAGGGGCAGUUCCUCUUGCUGCUCCGUAGACAAACACCAGGGUCUUGAAGAUGAUGCGAGCUUCGACUGGAAGCCAUUGGAGUGUGUGGGGAGUGGGCUGCCGAGUUCUGGAGAAGUUGCAGGGGUUUGACGGCACAAGCGGGGAGCCCAGCCAACAGUGAGUUGCAGUAGUCCAGAUAGGAGAGGACAAGUGCCUGGAUUAGGACCUGUGCCGCUUCCUGUGUGAGGCAGGGUCGUACUCUACGGAUGUUGUAGAGCAUGAACCUGCAGGAGAGAGUCACUGCUUUGAUGUUUGCCGAGAACGACAGGGUGUUGUUCAGGAUCACGCCAAGGUUCUUUGCACUCUGGGAGGGGGACACCGUGGAGUUGUCAACCGUGAUGGAGAGGUCUUGGAGUGGGCAGGCCUUUCCCGGGAGGAAGAGCAGCUCCGUCUUGUCGAGGUUGAGCUUGAGGUGGUGGGCCCGACAUCCAAGCUGAGAUAUCUGCCAGGCACGCAUAGAUGCGUGUCGCCACCUGGGUGUCAGCAGGGGGGAAGGAGAAAAGUAGUUGAGGGUCAUCCGCAUAGCAAUGAUAGGAGAGACCAUGAGAGUAUAUGAUGGAGCCGAGUGACUUGGAGCCCUGGGGACACCAGUAGUGAGAGUACGUGGUGCAGACACAGAUUCUACCCUCGUCACCUGGUCUCAAUGUUUCUCCUUAGUGAAGCUAGCCAAUGAGAAGAUCUCUGUUCCCAUCACCUGUAAGAUCCGUGUGUUUAACAAGAUGGAGAAGACUGUUCAGUACGCUCAGAUGCUGGAGAAGGCUGGCUGCCAGGUGAGAAACAUACUUACACACACACACACAUUCAUAUUUUAUUUAGAUCUUCUAUGAAACAUGAGGCGACACACUCAUUCAGAGCUCUCUGUCUCAGCUGCUGACUGUUCACGGUCGGACCAAGGACCAGAAAGGACCCGCGACAGGCAUCGCUAGCUGGGAACACAUCAAGGCUGUACGGUAAGCAGACUACACUGCAGUUCCCUCACAGUUAAAUAAAGACUACAGAGAAUAACCAAUAUUAUGUUUCUCCAACAAACAUUGAGAUUGUCAGUUGGAGACAGUUUGUGUAGUCUAAUAGGUCUGCUGUGUAGUUGGAGACAGUUUGUGUAGUCUGGUAGGUCUGCUGUGUAGUUGGAGACGGUUUGUGUAGUCUAGUAGGUCUGCUGUGUAGUUGGAGACGGUUUGUGUAGUCUAGUAGGUCUGCUGUGUAGUUGGAGACAGUUUGUGUAGUCUAGUAGGUCUGCUGUGUAGUUGGAGACAGUUUGUGUAGUCUGGUAGGUCUGCUGUGUAGGUCUCCUGUGUUUGUUGAGCCAAUCCAAACAAGAAGUUCCUUCACAGGAAAACAUUCUAUUCUACUGUACAGUAUUCUAUUCUAUUGUCAGAGAGCUGAUCAUGUGACUGUACUGGGUUUAUUAAACAGUCGCUCUCUCCCUCUCUCUCUCUCUCUCUCUCUGUGUGUUGUUGCUAUAGGAACGCUGUUAACAUCCCUGUGUUCGCUAACGGUAACAUCCAACACUUGAGUGAUGUGGAGCAGUGUAUAGAGGAGACUGGAGUACAGGGGGUGAUGAGUGCAGGUACACACACACACACCGAGAGACUCACUCACACACACACACAGAAAGACUCAGUCACACACCGAGAGACUCACUCACAUACCGAGAGACUCACACACACACACACACACCGAGAGACUCUCACACACACACACACACACACACACACACACACACGACACACACCGAGAGACUCACACACAGACUGAGAGACACACACACACACACCGAGAGACACACACACCGAGAGACUCACACACACACACACACACACACACCGAGAGACACACACACCGAGAGACUCACACACACACACACCGAGAGACUCACACACACACACACACCGAGAGACUCACACACACACACACACCGAGAGACUCACACACACACACACACACACCGAGAGACUCACACACACACACACACACACCGAGAGACUCACACACACACACCGAGAGACACUGUCAUGAUAAUUUCUCUCUCUAAUUCAACCUAAGCUUGAAUCAUUACCAGGGGUUGUAAGGCUCUGGUUUUAAUCAUAAAUGAUUCAAGGUCCACAACCAGCAAGAAUUAUCUGUAUGUUUAUUCAUGGAGAGCUCUGGCGCCAAAACCCAUACCCUCCUGUUUUAUACCCCUUGACACACAAAGGCACUUUGCUCCGCCCACCUUUAGGAGGCUUUUUUUAACCCGUUUUCUCAGUCUCCUUCACCCUGGAAUGUUUAGUCCCGCCCCCCUCUGUUAGUGGGUUGCCACUACAUUAUAACUCUAACACCGUUCACACAUUUAUACUGUAUUUGGGGUGAAAUCCUUUAGUCAUUAUUCUUAAAAUACAAAUUAAUCGAACAGACACACACACUGAGAGACUCACACACACACACAGAGAGACUCACACACACACCGAGAGACACUCACACACCUGCGCCUCACCUUGCGUAAUUAGUCUCCCAAGAGUCAUAUUAGUCAUAACACCUACUAAUGUGUGUUUAUCUCUCUCUUCCUCUGUGUGUUUCCAGAGGGGAACCUCCAUAACCCAGCUCUGUUUGAGGGUCGUAGCCCUCCUGUAUGGGAGAUGGCUGAGGAGUAUCUUGAGGUGGUCAACCAAUACCCUCCGUGUACCCUGUCCUAUGUCAGAGCACACCUCUUCAAGCUCUGGCACCACACGUACGUAACACACACACACACACACACUCUCAGUACUUCUCCAUCAAUCUGUGUGUGUUUAUUUGUUAGUGUUUCCCCAGACUGCAGAUCCACCAGGACCUGAGAGAGGAGCUGGCUAAGGUGAAGAACCUGCAGGGGCUGACAGAGAUCAGCAGACAACUCAGACUACGCUGCCAGGUACCAAGGGAUAGGGUUAACUACACUGCCAGGUACCAAGAGAUAGGGUUAACUACACUGCCAGGUACCAAGGGAUAGGGUUAACUACACUGCCAGGUACCAAGAGAUAGGGUUAACUACACUGCCAGGUACCAAGGGAUAGGGUUAACUACACUGCCAGGUACCAAGGGAUAGGGUUAACUACACUGCCAGGUACCAAGGGAUAGGGUUAACUACACUGCCAGGUACCAAGGGAUAGGGUUAACUACACUGCCAGGUACCAAGGGAUAGGGUUAGCUACACUGCCAGGUACCAAGGGAUAGGGUUAACUACACUGCCAGGUACCAAGGGAUAGGGUUAACUACACUGCCAGGUACCAAGGGAUAGGGUUAGCUACACUGCCAGGUACCAAGGGAUAGGGUUAGCUACACUGCCAGGUACCAAGGGAUAGGGUUAACUACACUGCCAGGUACCAAGGGAUAGGGUUAACUACACUGCCAGGUACCAAGGGAUAGGGUUAGCUACACUGCCAGGUACCAAGGGAUAGGGUUAGCUACACUGCCAGGUACCAAGAGAUAGGGUUAGCUACACUGCCAGGUACCAAGAGAUAGGGUUAGCUACACUGCCAGGUACCAAGAGAUAGGGUUAGCUACACUGCCAGGUACCAAGGGAUAGGGUUAACUACACUGCCAGGUACCAAGGGAUAGGGUUAGCUACACUGCCAGGUACCAAGGGAUAGGGUUAGCUACACUGCCAGGUACCAAGAGAUAGGGUUAGCUACACUGCCAGGUACCAAGGGAUAGGGUUAACUACACUGCCAGGUACCAAGGGAUAGGGUUAGCUACACUGCCAGGUACCAAGGAAUAGGGUUAACUACACUGCCAGGUACCAAGGGAUAGGGUUAACUACACUGCCAGGUACCAAGGGAUAGGGUUAGCUACACUGCCAGGUACCAAGGGAUAGGGUUAGCUACACUGCCAGGUACCAAGAGAUAGGGUUAACUACACUGCCAGGUACCAAGGGAUAGGGUUAACUACACUGCCAGGUACCAAGGGAUAGGGUUAGCUACACUGCCAGGUACCAAGGGAUAGGGUUAGCUACACUGCCAGGUACCAAGGGAUAGGGUUAACUACACUGCCAGGUACCAAGGGAUAGGGUUAGCUACACUGCCAGGUACCAAGGGAUAGGGUUAACUACACUGCCAGGUACCAAGGGAUAGGGUUAACUACACUGCCAGGUACCAAGGGAUAGGGUUAACUACACUGCCAGGUACCAAGGGAUAGGGUUAGCUACACUGCCAGGUACCAAGGGAUAGGGUUAACUACACUGCCAGGUACCAAGGGAUAGGGUUAACUACGCUGCCAGGUACCAAGGGAUAGGGUUAACUACGCUGCCAGGUACCAAGGGAUAGGGUUAACUACGCUGCCAGGUACCAAGGGAUAGGGUUAACUACACUGCCAGGUACCAAGGGAUAGGGUUAACUACGCUGCCAGGUACCAAGGGAUAGGGUUAACUACGCUGCCAGGUACCAAGGGAUAGGGUUAACUACACUGCCAGGUACCAAGGGAUAGGGUUAACUACACUGCCAGGUACCAAGGGAUAGGGUUAACUACACUGCCAGGUACCAAGGGAUAGGGUUAACUACACUGCCAGGUACCAAGGGAUAGGGUUAACUACACUGCCAGGUACCAAGGGAUAGGGUUAGCUACAACUGCCAGGUACCAAGGGAUAGGGUUAGCUACACUGCCAGGGUACCAAGGGAUAGGGUUAGCUACACUGCCAGGUACCAAGGGAUAGGGUUAACUACACUGCCAGGUACCAGGGAUAGGGUUAACUACACUGCCAGGUACCAAGGGAUAGGGUUAGCUACACUGCCAGGUACCAAGGGAUAGGGUUAACUACACUGCCAGGUACCAAGGGAUAGGGUUAGCUACACUGCCAGGUACCAAGGGAUAGGGUUAGCUACACUGGGUUACCAAGGGAUAGGGUUAACUACACUGCCAGGUACCAAGGGAUAGGGUUAACUACACUGCCAGGUACCAAGGGAUAGGGUUAGCUACACUGCCAGGUACCAAGGGAUAGGGUUAACUACACUGCCAGGUACCAAGGGAUAGGGUUAACUACACUGCCAGGUACCAAGGGAUAGGGUUAGCUACACUGCCAGGUACCAAGGGAUAGGGUUAACUACCACUGCCAGGUACCAAGGGAUAGGGUUAGCUACACUGCCAGGUACCAAGGGAUAGGGUUAGCUACACUGCCAGGUACCAAGGGAUAGGGUUAACUACACUGCCAGGUACCAAGGGAUAGGGUUAACUACACUGCCAGGUACCAAGGGAUAGGGUUAACUACACUGCCAGGUACCAAGGGAUAGGGUUAGCUACACUGCCAGGUACCAAGGGAUAGGGUUAACUACACUGCCAGGUACCAAGGGAUAGGGUUAACUACACUGCCAGGUACCAAGGGAUAGGGUUAGCUACACUGCCAGGUACCAAGGGAUAGGGUUAGCUACACUGCCAGGUACCAAGGGAUAGGGUUAACUACACUGCCAGGUACCAAGGGAUAGGGUUAACUACACUGCCAGGUACCAAGGGAUAGGGUUAACUACACUGCCAGGUACCAAGGGAUAGGGUUAACUACACUGCCAGGUACCAAGGGAUAGGGUUAGCUACACUGCCAGGUACCAAGGGAUAGGGUUAACUACACUGCCAGGUACCAAGGGAUAGGGUUAACUACACUGCCAGGGUACCAAGGGAUAGGGUUAACUACACUGCCAGGUACCAAGGGAUAGGGUUAACUACACUGCCAGGUACCAAGGGAUAGGGUUAGCUACACUGCCAGGUACCAAGGGAUAGGGUUAGCUACACUGCCAGGUACCAAGGGAUAGGGUUAACUACACUGCCAGGUACCAAGGGAUAGGGUUAACUACACUGCCAGGUACCAAGGGAUAGGGUUAACUACACUGCCAGGUACCAAGGGAUAGGGUUAGCUACACUGCCAGGUACCAAGGGAUAGGGUUAACUACACUGCCAGGUACCAAGGGAUAGGGUUAACUACACUGCCAGGUACCAAGGGAUAGGGUUAGCUACACUGCCAGGUACCAAGGGAUAGGGUUAGCUACACUGCCAGGUACCAAGGUAUAGGGUUAACUACACUGCCAGGUACCAAGGGAUAGGGUUAACUACACUGCCAGGUACCAAGGGAUAGGGUUAACUACACUGCCAGGUACCAAGGGAUAGGGUUAACUACACUGCCAGGUACCAAGGGAUAGGGUUAGCUACACUGCCAGGUACCAAGGGAUAGGGUUAGCUACACUGCCAGGUACCAAGGGAUAGGGUUAACUACACUGCCAGGUACCAAGGGAUAGGGUUAGCUACACUGCCAGGUACCAAGGGAUAGGGUUAACUACACUGCCAGGUACCAAGGGAUAGGGUUAGCUACACUGCCAGGUACCAAGGGAUAGGGUUAACUACACUGCCAGGUACCAAGGGAUAGGGUUAGCUACACUGCCAGGUAUAUAGGGUUAACUACACUGCCAGGUAUAUAUGGUUAACUACACUGCCAGGUAUAUAUGGUUAACUACACUGCCAGGUAUAUAGGGUUAACUACACUGCCAGGUAAAAUGAUAAUUCAGUUUUUCACCUUUCCUCUCCUUCCCAAAAUGUUUCUCCUUACCAAUUCCUCCCCCUCUACUCCCCCUCCCAACACAGCUAGAUUACACUGGUUCCUUUUUCAUUUGUUUGACCUCUGCAGGAGGAAAUAACCAAUGGAGGAGAGGAGGCGGGGCAGGAGGUUGGGCUGCCGUUCCCUCAUUGGAUCUGCCAGCCGUACGUCAGACCAGUGUGAGUGACUAUUUCCUGUUGAGAAUCCUAGCUGGAGUUCUGUGUACAUUAUACGAUCAAAGCCAUCGGUCCACACGCAUCGAAACCAUAACAUGUUGACGUGACGAUGGACAUUGUUCCUCCCAGGCCGAAGGAUCCGGCUGCUAACGGUAACGGUACGGGGCGUGGCGGUGUGGAGGUGAAGGCAGUGUGUCACAAGAGGGCGUUAUCACAAGAGGACUCGGACGGUGCGAGCGAUGCCCUCUCCAAAAACAAACAGAAGAAGAAAGCCAGAAACCCCCACAAGAACUUCUGUCCCGAGCAGAAACGUGAGUUAUUUUCCCCUGUCGUACUGCAGUGUCACCUAGUGAGUUAUUUUCCCCUGUCGUACUGCAGUGUCACCUAGUGAGUUAUUUUCCCCUGUCGUACUGCAGUGUCACCUAGUGAGUUAUUUUUCCCCUGUCGUACUGCAGUGUCACCUAGUGAGUUAUUUUCCCCUGUCGUACUGCAGUGUCACCUAGUGAGUUAUUUUCCCCUGUCGUACUGCAGUGUCACCUAGUGAGUUAUUUUCCCCUGUCGUACUGCAGUGUCACCUAGUGAGUUAUUUUCCCCUGUCGUACUGCAGUGUCACCUAGUGAGUUAUUUUCCCCUGUCGUACUGCAGUGUCACCUAGUGAGUUAUUUUCCCCUGUCGUACUGCAGUGUAACCUAGUGAGUUAUUUUUAUCUGUCGUACUGCAGUGUCACCUAGUGAGUUAUUUUCCCCUGUCGUACUGCAGUGUCACCUAGUGAGUUAUUUUCCCCUGUCGUACUGCAGUGCCACCUAGUGAGUUAUUUUCCCCUGUCGUACUGCAGUGUCACCUAGUGAGUUAUUUCCCCUGUCGUACUGCAGUGUCACCUAGUGAGUUAUUUUCCCCUGUCGUACUGCAGUGUCACCUAGUGAGUUAUUUUCCCCUGUCGUACUGCAGUGUCACCUAGUGAGUUAUUUUCCCCUGUCGUACUGCAGUGUCACCUAGUGAGUUAUUUUCCCCUGUCGUACUGCAGUGUCACCUAGUGAGUUAUUUUCCCCUGUCGUAACUGCAGUGUCACCUAGUGAGUUAUUUUCCCCUGUCGUACUGCAGUGUAACCUAGUGAGUUAUUUUUCCCUGUCGUACUGCAGUGUCACCUAGUGAGUUAUUUUCCCCUGUCGUACUGCAGUGUAACCUAGUGAGUUAUUUUCCCUGUCGUACUGCAGUGUCACCUAGUGAGUUAUUUUCCCCUGUCGUACUGCAGUGUCACCUAGUGAGUUAUUUUCCCCUGUCGUACUGCAGUGUCACCUAGUGAGUUAUUUUCCCCUGUCGUACUGCAGUGUAACCUAGUGAGUUAUUUUCCCCUGUCGUACUGCAGUGUCACCUAGUGAGUUAUUUUCCCCUGUCGUACUGCAGUGUCACCUAGUGAGUUAUUUUCCCCUGUCGUACUGCAGUGUCACCUAGUGAGUUAUUUUCCCCUGUCGUACUGCAGUGUCACCUAGUGAGUUAUUUUCCCCCUGUCGUACUGCAGUGUCACCUAGUGAGUUAUUUUCCCCUGUCGUACUGCAGUGUAACCUAGUGAGUUAUUUUCCCCUGUCGUACUGCAGUGUCACCUAGUGAGUUAUUUUCCCCUGUCGUACUGCAGUGUCACCUAGUGAUUAUUUUCCCCUGUCGUACUGCAGUGUAACCUAGUGAGUUAUUUUCCCCUGUCGUACUGCAGUGUCACCUAGUGAGUUAUUUUCCCCUGUCGUACUGCAGUGUCACCUAGUGAGUUAUUUUCCCCUGUCGUACUGCAGUGUAACCUAGUGAGUUAUUUUCCCCUGUCGUACUGCAGUGUAACCUAGUGAGUUAUUUUCCCCUGUCGUACUGCAGUGUAACCUAGUGAGUUAUUUUCCCCUGUCGUACUGCAGUGUAACCUAGUGAGUUUUUUUUCCCCUGUCGUACUGCAGUGUAACCUAGUGAGUUAUUUUCCCCUGUCGUACUGCAGUGUAACCUAGUGAGUUAUUUCCCCUGUCGUACUGCAGUGUAACCUAGUGAGUUAUUUUCCCCUGUCGUACUGCAGUGUAACCUAGUGAGUUAUUUCCCCUGUCGUACUGCAGUGUCACCUAGUGAGUUAUUUUCCCCUGUCGUACUGCAGUGUCACCUAGUGAGUUAUUUUCCCCUGUCGUUACUGCAGUGUAACCUAGUGAGUUAUUUUCCCCUGUCGUACUGCAGUGUAACCUAGUGAGUUAUUUUCCCCUGUCGUACUGCAGUGUAACCUAGUGAGUUAUUUUCCCCUGUCGUACUGCAGUGUAACCUAGUGAGUUAUUUUCCCCUGUCGUACUGCAGUGUACUAGUGAGUUAUUUUCCCCUGUCGUACCUGCAGUGUAACCUAGUGAGUUAUUUUCCCCUGUCGUACUGCAGUGUAACCUAGUGAGUUAUUUUCCCCUGUCGUACUGCAGUGUAACCUAGUGAGUUAUUUCCCCUGUCGUACUGCAGUGUAACCUAGUGAGUUAUUUUCCCCUGUCGUACUGCAGUGUAACCUAGUGAGUUUAUUUCCCCUGUCGUACUGCAGUGUCACCUAGUGAGUUAUUUUCCCCUGUCGUACUGCAGUGUCACCUAGUGAGUUAUUUUCCCCCUGUCGUACUGCAGUGUAACCUAGUGAGUUAUUUUCCCCUGUCGUACUGCAGUGUAACCUAGUGAGUUAUUUCCUGUCGUACUGCAGUGUAACCUAGUGAGUUAUUUUCCCCUGUCGUAACUGCAGUGUAACCCUAGUGAGUUAUUUUCCCCUGUCGUACUGCAGUGUAACCUAGUGAGUUAUUUUCCCCUGUCGUACUGCAGUGUAACCUAGUGAGUUAUUUUCCCUGUCGUACUGCAGUGUAACCUAGUGAGUUAUUUUCCCCUGUCGUACUGCAGUGUAACCUAGUGAGUUAUUUUCCCCUGUCGUACUGCAGUGUAACCUAGUGAGUUAUUUUCCCCUGUCGUACUGCAGUGUAACCUAGUGAGUUAUUUUCCCCUGUCGUACUGCAGUGUAACCUAGUGAGUUAUUUUCCCCUGUCGUACUGCAGUGUAACCUAGUGAGUUAUUUUCCCCUGUCGUACUGCAGUGUAACCUAGUGAGUUAUUUUCCCCUGUCGUACUGCAGUGUAACCUAGUGAGUUAUUUUCCCCUGUCGUACUGCAGUGUAACUAGUGAGUUAUUUUCCCCUGUCGUACUGCAGUGUAACCUAGUGAGUUAUUUUCCCCUGUCGUACUGCAGUGUAACCUAGUGAGUUAUUUUCCCCUGUCGUACUGCAGUGUCACCUAGUGAGUUAUUUUCCCCUGUCGUACUGCAGUGUAACCUAGUGAGUUAUUUUUCCCUGUCGUACUGCAGUGUAACCUAGUGAGUUAUUUCCCCUGUCGUACUGCAGUGUAACCUACGCUCUCUCUCGCUCCAUAGUCUAAUGCUACAGAAUCUACAGAGCCUCGCUCUACACAAACAGUACCGUUGAUAACCUCUGUUUUACCCCUGUUUUCUCUGCAGUAAAGUACAUCAAGUGUGAGCAGUGUGGAAAUCCAAAGGUGAGUGGAGUGACAACCUCUUCACACUGUUACUCAUUACCACGUGUAGGAUGAAAGGGCGCCGCUCGCCGGAUUCCCCAACACAGAUGAAGCCUAACCCUGGACUAAAACACGUUCAAUGGAGAACCUGCCCUAACUGACCUUGUAUAAUAGUGUUACAUAUGCAGGUAAGAUUCUUAGGAGCUAGAAGCAGAGCUUCCAUGUCUGUCGGCACCAUGUUGUACUUCCAAGUCCCUAACCUGUCUCCCCCCUCUCCCUAGGUCCCUAACCCCCUCUCCCUAGGUCCCUAACCCCCUCUCUCCAGGUCCCUAACCCUCUCUCCAGGUCCCUAACCCUCUCUCCAGGUCCCUAACCAUCUCUCCAGGUCCCUAACCCCCUCUCCCUAGGUCCCUAACCCCCUCUCCCUAGGUCCCUAACCCCCUCUCCCUAGGUCCCUAACCCGCUCUCCCUAGGUCCCUAACCCGCUCUCCCUAGGUCCCUAACCCGCUAUCCCUAGGUCCCUAAACCCGCUCUCCCUAGGUCCCUAACCCGCUCUCCCUAGGUCCCUAACCCCCUCUCCCUAGGUCCCUAACCCGCUCUCCCUAGGUCCCUAACCCCCUUUCCCUAGGUCCCUAACCCCCUUUCCCUAGGUCCCUAACCCCCUUUCCCUAGGUCCCUAACCCCCUCUCUCCAGGUCCCUAACCCUCUCUCCAGGUCCCUAACCCCCUUUCCCUAGGUCCCUAACCCCCUUUCCCUAGGUCCCUAACCCCCUCUCUCCAGGUCCCUAACCCUCUCUCCAGGUCCCUAACCCUCUCUCCAGGUCCCUAACCCUCUCUCCAGGUCCCUAACCAUCUCUCCAGGUCCCUAACCCUCUCUCCCGCUCUCCAGGUCCCUAAUCCUCUCUCCAGGUCCCUAACCCCCUCUCCCUCGGUUCCUAACCCCCUCUCCCUCGGUUCCUAACCCCCUCUCCCUCGGUUCCUAACCCCCUCUCCCUCUCCCUAGGUCCCUAACCCCCUCUCCCUAGGUCCCUAACCCUCUCUCCAGGUCCCUAACCCCCUCUCCCUCGGUCCCUAACCCCCUCUCCCUAGGUCCCUAACCCCCUCUCCCUAGGUCCCUAACCCCCUCUCCCUAGGUCCCUAACCCUCUCUCCAGGUCCCUAACCCCCUCUCCCUCGGUCCCUAACCCCCUCUCCCUAGGUCCCUAACCCCCUCUCCCUAGGUCCCUAACCCUCUCUCCAGGUCCCUAACCCCCUCUCUCUCUCUCUCUCUGUAGGGUAAUAAGUGUGUAUUCAACCUGUGUCGAGGCUGCUGUAAGAAGAAGGCCUACAAGGAGGUGGCAGACUGCCCAAGUGAGUCAACACACACAUACACACACACACACAGCUGUCUUUCUCAGAUAUAUCAUCUGUUUCCUCUCGUCUGGUUCACAGGUCACGGGCUGAGGUUCAAGACUAAGGCAGAGAAACAGAAGGCGGAGGAGGAGGAGGAGGAGGGGAACAGAGGGAUAGAGGAAGGAAAGAGUGGAGGAUUAGAGGAGGAAGAGAACGGGACCCCCACAGACCACCACAGAGGACAGACAGACUGUGGCCUGAGACAUGGACAGACAGGGACA